GUGGCCAUUAGGCUUCAUAGCGCUAGCAAUGCUGUUUAAAUGGUCUAACAGCAAUGAACUAGAAGCUGUUGUGACACCUCUUACUGAUGUACUCACAGAAAUAAAGACUAAAUUAUCCGUUAGUCUAGCUGUGGUAGAUACUUACGCUUAAUUCUUAUAAAUGUGUUUAACAGCUGCAUAUGGUUAACUUGCUACAGGAAAAUGAAUGCAGAGGUAAUGUCUUAUAUUAUUUAUGUGCACCAGUGAGUGGUGUUAUUAAUAUGCUGCUAAAAGCGAUAUGCACCAGUAGCUGACUGUGAUAGAACAGCAACUAAUGCUGCACAAUUGUCUGUGUAGUACCCUCAAUGUAUGUGGUAAUUCGGAUGUGUUGGCAACAUGAAUUUGUUUACUUUGUCUACUUAUCUAACUUCCAUACAGCAAAUCUGGAGUAACCAGUCCAGCAUUGCCUGUUAACAUACAGCAGAGACAUGAAAAGGAGUUUGGCUGACACUUCAACUCGCAGCACAGCAGGUUGUCUGCCUGUGCCUCUGUUCAAUCAGAAAAAAAGAACUAGACAGCCCCUCACUUCAAAUCCAAUUAAAAAUGAGCCAGGUACCAGUUCUGGGACUCAUGCUUACGACUUUUCUCCCACAUCAUUUGAAUUAGGCUGGGGAACUGCAAACCCAGAAGUGGCUGGACCACAGGAAGGAGCAAACAGUGGCCGAACAGAACAUCAGAUGGCUCUUUCCCUUAUGAAACCACCAAAUGCAUCAAAGGCUAAUUUAGCAAAUGCUGGAAAAAACUUCUAUGCUUGCAGGGCAGAAGAGAAGACUCCCAGUAUGAAAGUUUGGAACAGAAAUGAGUAUACUCCUUUAAGUAACACAACAGAUUCAAGAUCUGAUAGUGGAUUUAUUCGAAAGUUUGAGAACCUUUCAAAUAGUCUGAAAACCGUACAGCAGCAAAAAACCCCCGAUAACCAUAAUUCAUCUCAGUAUAUCAAACCAGAAACAAACCAAACAUAUAAAUCUAAAGGACAAUGGCCAGUGAAACCUAACACUGUUUCAAAAAGUCCAGCAUACAAGUUUAGCCACAAUAUUCAGCAAAAUAAAAUGAAUGAAAAAAUGUAUUUUCCAGAAGACAGAAGUCAGGAAGUUUCAUCUCAAUUAAAAAUUAAAGAAAAAAAGAAUUCUUUGCGAAUCAUAUCUGCAGUCAUUGAAAGCAUGAGGCACUGGAGUCAAUACACUUAUAAAACUGCACUAUUAUUUGAAGUUUUAGGCACCCUUGAUUCUGCAGUCACACCUGGAGCAUAUGGGGCAAAGAAUUUUCUUCUGAGAGAUGGAAAGGAGACUCUGCCUUGUGUAUUUUAUGAAAUUGAUCGGGAGCUUCCAAGACUAAUUAGAGGCCGAGUGCACAGGUGCAUGGGAAACUGUGAUGCAAAAAAGAAUAUUUUCAAGUGUGUCUCUGUAAGACCAGCAACUAUUCAAGAACAAAACACUUUCCAAGAAUUUGUUAGAAUCGCAGAUAUUGAGAUGACAGCAUUUGUAAAAACAGUGAAUGAAAUUUAAUAGUCAAAAUGGCUGUCCAAAACAGGUUUUCACUUCUCGUUACCCAUAAAGGCUGGACAUCCUAAAGCAUUUAACCAAGCUAAUACUGAAAAUCUGAUUAAAUAACUGAAAAUAUCACUAUGCCGUGUUUUCUAACAAAUGCUAGUUACAAUGUUUUGUUUCUACUGUUACUUUUCAUAGUUUAUCUUUCCCAGUUAAAUAUGCAAUAACAGGGUUUCAUUACUUAGUAGAUCAUCAAUACUAAUGCAGAUUGCCAUUGCUUCCUUCAAUACCUAUUUCAAAAUGUUGACUGUAUAGUUAUUUUGAGGAGUACGUGGUCAAAAUUUACUAGCUAACGAACAUCAGAGUUCUGUUUGGCUCUGCGUAUUGCAUUAAAAUUGCUCUUUGGUAGAAAGUUGGCUUUAUUCCACUUCAGUUCCAACUAACAGGUUCCCUUUCCUUUUCUGGUUUACAAGAACAUGUGUAAGGGCUUUUAUUGAAAUGAACAUUAUAGACACUACAGAAAGAUUUCACAGGAUGCAGCUGUGUAUAUUAGGUGCUCAUAUGGUUCCCGUUGAUAUGUUAUCAGAUUCAUGGUUUUUAAAAAUAAUCAGUAUAACACCUGUAUAAAAUAGCAACAGACCCUGAAGCUAUAGCAGGAUUGCCCAAGGACACAGAGGAAGCUGGAGGGAAAUAAUUAUUUGAACACAGAACUUCCUUGCCUUUGCCAUAGACGCAUCUUUCAUGAGGGAUGGACCAAGUACGUGUUUAUGUCUUUGCUUUCAAACAUUAACUUGCAGAGAUUUUUCCUGCUGUUUCUAUUUCCUUUUCCUCUUAGCUAGUUCCCCUACUUCAAUAGCUUUGUACCAGACCUGUUGGGAAUUGUAAAACAAAAGAGAUGUCAAGAAAAUAGUAAACAGUAUGAUUCUUUUUUUCAGUUUUAUUAUACAGUGUUGGCAAUUGGAAACUUCACAUUUAAAAUAAUUGAAAUAUUGUAUCCAACAAGUCAAAUACAGAAAACAGUUAAUAUUCUAAAAAGGAGCCAGCUAGUCAACGCAGAAACACAUUAAUGGAAAAUACAGCUUUUAGUUACACUUAAAAAAUUAUAUAUUUAGAAUAAAACUUGAACCUGGUCCAGUAAAUCGUUUGACUUGUAACAGGAAAACGCGUUUACACAGUUUAAUGCGCAGACAGUCUUUAUAUUUUAAAAAAGUGAUCUGUCAGUGUUAGCACAUGGAUUGUUAGCAACACCUCCCUUCAUGUUCCAGGCGGGGACCUAAAGUAAAUGCUUUACUAACUGUUUGAAGAACCACUUGCGUUAUUGUCUUUGCUUUCUGUGCUAAGCUGGUUCUGAGCGUGGAUUCAAGGACAGUCUUGCCUAUCCAGUUGUAGAGGUCAUAUACAUAUAUUUGAUUUCCCUUAUAUAUUAUAAAAUAUUAAAGAAAGUUCCAAAUGGAAGGAUUAGCUUAGCUCAUAAAAGGUGCAGAAUAUUACAGGGUGUAGAGCCUGAUGAUGUUCCCAACAGAAGCUGACUUUUACAAAGAAAAGGAUUUGGUGCGGCAGUAUUGUAUAUUGUAAGACUCCAUUGUAACAGUAAUUUAAAACUACAAAAGAAGCUUGAACUAUGGGACCAGACCUGCAAGCAUCUGUGCGUGUUGUCACCACCACACAAAUGUUGUAGCUCUACUGAUUUCAGCUGAAUGACUGAUGGUUCCAGUUCUGCACAUGUGAAAGUUACGUUAACGAGUAAUGACAGGAAUAGGUUUAUUUGUAUCUACUAGGUAUGUUAUGGCUGUUAAUAAAAAUCUAAAAUAAUUUUACUUUCAGUAAGUGUUUAGAUCUUUGCAAAAAAUGUUUUCUACUUUACACUAACAAAUCACUUUUUCUAGUGAAACAUUAAGUGAACAGUCGUAAACGUUACACAUAACAGAAAAAACCCUACAUAAUACAGUUUAUACACAUUACUCAACAUUUUUCAGUUGUUGCUUGUUUUGUUUUCUUUAAUUAUAUUGAUCCUGUCUUGUAUAAUGGUUCUAGUGUAAAGGCACAGGUUGGUUAGGAAAGAAAAGCCUGCAUCUCUGUCUCUCUGCUUGGCAAUGAUGAUUUUCUUUUUGCAUGUUGCUUGUUAUUCCUCACUUUUCUGACUCUUAUGAAAAUGAUCAAUUUCAGCCGUUCAUAAAAGAAAAAAGUAGAAGACGUUACUGAGAAGUGUAUUAUUCUACAGAAGUGACUUAAAUAUAUUCUUCUUACUUCAGAGGUAUUCCUUCCAUCUAUUUUCUUAAAUAUUUGGAAGAUUUAAUUCCUUAGUCACUGUUAGCAAAAAUGCAUAACAUGGGCUCUCUUCCUCAGUGUACUUAACUCUAUAUUGAAAUCUGUAUUUUCAAAGGUUAGUAAUGGAACUUGCCAUGUUUACGUGUAGAAUUUGCUUUUAGAAUGCAUGAAAAUGUAACAACGGACAAUUAUUUCAGAAAACAAUGCAAUGUUCCUUUGAAGUUUAGAAGGGUGAGGAAUGUAAACAAGACUGCAGAAGUCUUUGACAUUUAUUAAAAUAACACAGUGAUUGUUCUAUCUGUUUGUGUUUUCUUACACGUCUUCAACGUGUCUCUGUCUGUCCCUUCAUGUACAACUUCCAUUAAAAAAAGCAAUCAGGAAUCAGUUGGACUCAGCUAAGUGAAGAAUAAUAAAUUUGACCACUUGGUUUGUGCCAAAAUACAAAACUAAGAA